AAAAAUUAUAAAUACAACCCCCAUUCAUCUUUCCCAUUUGAGUCAUAUAUCAUUCAUAAACUCAACAAAUUAAGUAAAUAAAUAAUUAAAAUUAGCUAGGGAAUAAUUAGAAAUAGCCACAUAUAUAUGGCUCAUUUUAGACACAAUAAGGCGGCAACGGCGGCGGCCAGCCUGGCCGCCGUCCUCAUAGCAGCGUGCAUCGCCUCCGCAGCGGCAGCGCCGGCAGCUGGCGACCAAAAGGCCCCAUCGAAGGAGAUCGUAACUUUCUGCGGCAACACCGGCUUCAAGGACACUUGCCUGAGGAGCCUCGCCGGCGCCAAUUCCACCCAACCGAAAGAUCUCAUAAAGGCGGCGUUCGAGUCCGCCGUCGCGGAGAUAGAGGUCGCCAUCAAGAACACGACCCUGUACAAGUCGGCGGAGGCGGACAGGAUGACGAAAGGGGCGUUGGACGUGUGCGAGCGCGUGCUCGCACGGUCCAUCGACGAGGUCCGGAGAUCGUUCGACAGCAUCCAGAGCUUCGAUGUGGGAAAGAUCGAUCAUGCCCUAGAUGAUGUCAAGGUGUGGCUCAGUGGCGCCAUUACCAACAAGGAGACUUGCAUUGAUGCAUUCGCCAAGACCAGAAGCAAGACGGGGCAAAAGAUAAAGGACAUGCUGAAAACCAGCGGCGAGCUGCUGAGCAACGGCCUCGCAAUGGUGAUCGAGUUCCAGAAGGUCUUCCAAUCCGUCUCCAAGAACCUGGGGUCCCUCGCCGACCGCCUCAAGCAGCGGCAGCUCCUCAGCACCUUCGACAGCGGAGGCGGGAUGCCGGCCUUCGUGACCGGUCAGGCGAGGAAGCUCCUGCAGAGCCCGACGAUGUCGCUGCCGCCGAAUGCCACGGUGGCGCAGGACGGCAGCGGGCAGUUCAAGAGCAUCCAGGAGGCCGUCAACACGGUGCCGCUAAAGGGUAAAGAUCCGUUCGUGAUUCUGGUGAAGGCGGGUGUUUACAAAGAGUAUGUGACGAUUCCGAAGGGCGCAAAUCACAUCAUCAUGAUCGGAGAGGGGCCGCUGAAGACGAGAAUCACCGGCGACAAGUGCUUCAAGAACGGUUUCCAGACUUACGAUUCCUCAACUCUAAGCGUGAACGGGGAGAGCUUCAUGGCGAAGGACAUCGGCGUGGAGAAUACGGCGGGCGCCAUCGGGCACCAGGCGGUGGCGGUGCGCGCAUCGGGCGACCUGGGCAUCUUCUACAACGUCCACAUGGACAGCUACCAGGACACCCUGUACGCGCACACCCACCGCCAGCUGUACCGCGAGUGCCAGAUCAGCGGCACCGUGGACUUCAUCUUCGGCAACGCCAUCUCCGUCUUCCAGAAGUGCAACCUGGUGGUGCGCAAGCCCAACCCCAACCAGGCGUGCAUGGUGACGGCCCAGGGCCGCACCGAGAAGAACCUGACGGGCGUCACCAUCAUCCAGGGCUGCACCUUCACGGCCGAGAAGGAGCUGCUCGCGGCCAACCCGCCCGUCAAGUCGUACCUGGGGCGGCCCUGGAAGGAGCUGUCGAGGACGAUCAUCAUGCAAUCCAACAUCGAGGGGUUCAUCGACCCCGAGGGGUGGGCCCCCUGGAUGGGGACGUUCGCGCUCGACACGCUCUACUACGUCGAGUACAACAACACCGGGCCCGGGGCGGACACGUCCAAGCGGGUGCAGUGGAAGGGGCUGCAGAAGUUCGCCAACAUUGAGGAGGCGCAGAACUACACGGCGGCGGUGCGGUUUAAGUGGGAUGAUUGGAUCACCAAAGCUGGGGUGCCGUAUGAUGGAGGCUUCAUGAAGAUCUAAUGGAUGUCUGAUUUUUGCCAUUAAUUUGGUUUUGGUUUCUCGUUUUCUUUGGGCCGGGGGUGAGUGGUCUUUUAAGGUGAGGAAGGAGGCUAAGUGACCCUCAGAGAAUAUAGAUCAAUAGAUUAAAAUUAAAAUGGGACUUAAUUAACAAGUUGGGACCAGUCGUGCAAAAAAUAUAUACUUAGUUAAUUAUGUUCUUUUUCAUAAUUUUAUUUAGAAAUAGAAUACAUAUAUGUGUAGUUC